ACAGAUCAGACUCACUCUACACAGAGACUUCUACAGCACAGACACACAGCCAUGGCACCUACAGUACCUGCAGCACUGACCUACUCUAAGGAGCACCUGAUUCUGACCAACAAGCUGAGAAAGCCGAUGGUGGAGAAGAUGCGCAGAGAUUGUAUCAACAGCAGCAUUGAGCAGCUCAAGUCUCUCCUUGGACCAGCAUUCCUGCAGCAGCAGCCAGACUCCAAGCUGGAGAAAGCAGACAUCCUGGAGAUGGCAGUUUUCUACCUCAAACGGCAGCAGAAGCAGCCAGUGAGCAGCUCCUCCUCACCUGUCAGUCAGGGGUACUCCAGGUGUGUCCAAGAGAUCAAGCAUUUCCUGUCCAGGGAGGAAGUGAUGUCACAAUCCCAGAGAAGACUCCUGAACCAUUUCCAGAAUCUGCCAUCUUCCUCUGAUAUGACCAAGAGUCAGAGUUUGUUGCCUCAGCUGAACUCUCCAGCCAGACAGACCACCAGCAAAGAGGAGACUUCAGUCAAAGGCGCCCUCUGGAGACCGUGGUAGAGUCCUGCAGACUCUCACUGGACACUCAGACUAACAGAAUUGAAGAGGCCUGUCUAAUAUGGGCCUGGACAGUGAUUCUCAGUGUGUAGGAAGUGUUUAUCUUCCUCUUCUGCAUGUGCAGGAGGUUAAUUAUAUGCUCUCAAUGAGAUAGAACCAGUGUUGGUGCUAACUGAUAGAUCGUAUUCAGAAUUAUUUUCUUAUUUAGGACAUUUUGAGAAAGUAUAUUUUUUUAUAUAAGUCAGUUAUAUAUUUUUCCUACUGAGGAUUUUUAAAAUUUAAAAUUUAUUACAAAAACAUGUUUGCUUUGCUACAAAAUCUUUACUUUGUUCCAAAACAUGUUGCCAUCACAUUUUAAAAAAGAACAUCUUCUAUGAAGAAUAUUACUCAGAUUGAGUAUUCCUUUUCAGUGUGGAUAUUCUGCACUUAAUUCACUGGAUUAUUUGAAAUGAGGUGUAUAGGUCAGUUAACAAAGAAUGUAACCUUCUGUGAAGGAAAGAUGGAAUCUUGUAGCAUACAUAUGCUCAGUGAAUGAAAGAUUUGUAUAAUUCUUAGAAAGUUAAUAUGGUAAGAGUUAGUUUGUGGUACUUACGAAUAAUGACAUAAAAAUUACAUAUCACUACAUGCACUUAAGUAUAAUUCUUCUCAUUAUGGUUGAGAGCCAUUACUGUGUUAAUGGUUUCUGUAUUGCUUGAUCUUUAAUACAGGCCUUUAAUGAAUGCACUGUUUGGUGUGUUCUCCUGCCUUCAAGUUGCCUUCAAGCAAUAGCAGUGAAAAGUUUUAAGCAUGAAGGAAGUGUUCAUCUUCCUCUUCUGCAUGUGCAGGAGUUUAAAUAUAUGCUCUAAAUGAGAAAGUGCAAGUCUUAUCAGCAGUGUUACUCAACACAUUUUCUCAUAUUGAGUAUGCCUUUUUGUAGGAUAUUUUGGGUGGUUUUAAUGUUUAUGUUCAUUUUAAUUUAAAAAAUGUAACCUUCUAUGAAGGAAUUAUGGAAUUGUUAUCUUGUAGCAUAUAUUGAAAAAUGUCACAUUAUAAAGAUCAAACUGAUUUUAUGUCAUUUUGUUGUAAUCAUGUGAAUUUUAGUAUAACACCACAAAUUUGUGUGUAGUACACUGAAUUGUCAUUAUUCCCACUGAUGUUUGAGAUAUUUUAACGUGUGGAAGCUGUUAGUAUGUGCUGGUCUUUUAUAAUGGCCUUCAAUGUUUAUGUAUUGAAUACUCUGUUAGGAGUAUCUUCCUGUCUUGAAGAUGUCUUCAAGCAAUGGUAGUGAUGAUGUAUCACUUUAUAUUUCACUAAGAAUAUGUUAUUUUGCUUUCUAUGAAAGUGUGUUGAUGUUUGAAUUUGCUCAAUAUUACUUAUCCAUUUGUAUGCAACAUUUUCUUGAUUGAAAUGUUUAAGAACUGAAA